AUGUCAAAUUACAAUGCUUUGAUAGAUGGACAUUGUCAGGAAGGCAAAUUUGAAGAAGCUUUCAAAAUUCUGGAGAAAAUGGAAGAAAGGGGAUUAAGGCCAAAUGAAGUUAGUUAUGGGACUCUUUUGAAUGGCUUAUGCAGGCAUGACAAACUAGAUUCAGCAAGAAUUCUUUUUGAGAGGAUUAGAAUGUAUGGUAUCGUUAUUGGUCGUAUUACCUAUACAACACUGAUUGAUGGGCUACUCAAAAAGGGAAUGCUCGAAGAAGGUGUGCAUCUGCUUGAUAAAAUGUUCAAGGAUGGUGUGAGUCCGGAUGUUAUCACAUAUUCGGUUCUUAUAAAUGGAUUUUGCAGAGCAGGAAAGAUAGACAAUGUGAAAGAGAUAAUAUGCAAGAUGUGUAGGUUUGGCCUUGAACCAAACAAUAUCAUGUGGUCUACGUUAAUAUAUAACUCUUGCAAGCAGGGAAAUGUUAAUGAAGCAUUGAAAUUGUAUGCGGUGAUGAAUUUGAAUUGUUAUGGUGCGGAUAUUUUCACAUGCAACACAAUAGUAGCUUCUUUUUGUAGAACUGGAAAGGUAAGGGAGGCUGAGAAGUUCAUGCAUCACAUGAAUAGGAUCGGCCCCGUUCCUAAUUGCAUUACUUUAGACACUGUUAUAAAUGGCUAUGGAGAAGUAGGCAACGGGUUGAAAGCCUUUUCCUUGUUUGAUGAAAUGAUUAAGAUGGGUCACCACCCUAGUCAUUACACAUAUGGGAGUUUACUGAAAGGACUAUGCCAAGGAGGACAUUUUGAAGAGGCUGUAAAAUUCUUGAGUAAACUCCAUUACAUCCCUUGCUGUGUGGAUGUUGUUGUCUACAACACAUUGCUGGCUGAGGCCUGUAAAUCAGGGAAUUUGCAAGUGGCAAUAAUCCUUUUGGAUGAGAUGAUCUCCAAUAACGUGCUCCCUGAUAGGUACACAUAUGCGAAUCUUCUUGCUGGAUUAUGUAGAAAGGGCAAGAUGGUUGCUGCAAUGCUACUGUUUGAAAAAGCAAUGGAAAGAUCAUUCUCUCCGAACCAUGUUAUGUAUACAUGCUUGAUCGAUGGGCUUUUCAAAGCAGGCCAGCCAAAGGCUGCUGCUUAUUUUUAUGAAGAGAUGCUAAAGAAAGGUAUCAACCCUGAUACAGUUGUAUUAAAUGCAAUUAUAGAUGGCUAUUCCAGAAUAGGGUGCAUAGAAAAGGUGAACAAUUACUUUUCUACGAUGAAAGGUGGAAGUUUAUGCCCUUGUUUGGCUACAUAUAAUAUUCUCCUACGUGGCUAUUCAAAACAACAGGAUAUACCAAGAUGCUUUGCAAUAUACAAUACCAUUAUUAGGAAAGGUUUUGUUCCGAAUGAAUUGACAUGCCAUUCUCUAAUUCAUGGGCUUUGCAAGUCAGGUGUGCUGGACAUUGCUGUGAAAAUUUUGAGAAACAUGGUUAUGGAAGGUACAGCGGUUGAUAAGCGUACUUUUGACAUGCUAAUCACCAAAUGCAGCAGCAAUGGUGAGAUGGGAAAGGCCUUUGAUCUCUUAAAUACUAUGAAUUCUCUUGGAAUUUUGCCCGAUGGAGACACUUACAGUUCCAUACUUAAAGGAAUUAACAGGACAUAUGACUUUCAAGUAUCUCUCACUUUUCUGCAUGAAAUGUUGGAGAAGGGUUUUAUACCUACUAAUAGGCAAUAUGUUACUUUAAUUACUGGUAUGUGCAGAGUGGGAGAUAUACAAGGAGCAUUCAAACUAAAAGAUGAAAUGGAGGCUCUCGGAAUUGGCUCCCGAAAUGUGGCUGACAGUGCUAUGAUUAGAGGGCUUGUGCGGUGUGGGAAAAUGNAUGCAGGCAUGACAAACUAG